AAAUUUACACAAGCUCGCAAUCAAAAUAAAAAAUGGCUUUUCAGAUGAGGAGUACAUAGAUGUGUGCGUGGGUGCGAAGGUGACGUUAAGCGUGGCACUCAAAGACUUUGAGAUCUUCUUUCAGGGACUGCCUCUCGCUCAGCCAAAACACCAUUCACGAUUGGCAGAGCAUCGCUGACCAUCGCCACCGCGAGCGCACCGCACCUCUCCCAGACGCACACUCAACAUGUCACAGCGACAAAUCCCAGGCCCUCAGCCGCGCGACGUGCCUAGAAAUGCUCCUUCUGCGUUUGGGAGGAGCGCAGCGGCGGCGGCAGCAGCGGCUGGUGCUUCACGAUUCUCCGACAAGGACUUGGCCGCUCUCGACGGCGAGACGGAGCACAUCACCUCUGUCCGUCUGGACGGCCUAGCUCUCACAAAGAUUGUCAAACACAGCAAGGACGCUCAUCCCCACCAAGCUGCUGGAGCGCUGUUGGGUCUUGAUAUUGGCGGCGCCCUUGAGGUUUCUAACGCUUUCCCUUUGCCUGCUUCUUCGCUCAAGAGUUCGGGCGGCGAUGAUGAGGACAUCGAGAAGAGCGCAAAGAGCGCCGCUCGCUACACCGCAUCCAUGGUCAAGCUUAUGAGGGACGUAAAUGCGGACGCAAAUCCGGUAGGCCUGUAUCAGAGCUGCUUCUUGGGCAGCUUCCUGCAGACGCCCAUCGUCGAGGGUCUGUUCUCCGUUGCUGGAUUGCUCGAGCGUGAAGGACCUCACGGAAGAGGCAAGGGAGUGCUCGUCGUUCACGACCUGGCGCAGUCCGCUCAAGGCAAUACUGUGGUGAAGGCUUACCGCCUCGCCCCUUCGUUCAUUGAGGCGCAUCGCAAAAAUGCUUUCACAGCUAGCGGUCUCAUCGAGCACCGCCUUACCUUCUCAAACAUUCUCACCGAAAUCCCAGUCUCUUUGCACAACACUGCGAUGCUUUCCUCCUUGCUGUCUACUCUCUCGACGCCAGCUGCGCCUACGCCGGGCUCUCUCGAAAGCUCCGCCGCGUACCAGCUCGCACACCCGCCCACAGCAGCCAUCAGCUCGCCUCACACAUUGCUGGCUCUCACGCAUACACCCGUACUUUCCUCGGCGCUCGAGUCCACUCUGGAAGCUCUGGACGACUACGCUGCAGAGAAUGGCAAUGUGGGCUAUCAGAGCCGGCAGCUGGCUCGAGAGAAAGCCAGACUGGAGUCGCAGAUUGCCAGAAAGCAAGCAGAGAAUGUGACUAGAGAAGCGCAGGGAUUGGCGCCUCUGCCCAUCGAGGAGAAGCUCAAGCUUGGGAAUGAACCGAGCAGGUUGGAGAGCACCAUGCUGCUGGGUCAGCUCGACGACAAGGCGCGCAGGCUAGCCGAGAUUUGCGCCACUACCGCCGUGCAGCUCAACGCAAGCCGAACCGGUGCCAUCUAGAAAAGCGAGGGACAGCGCCUCUCUACGCCAGACUCUCAGCAUUUGCCCAAAAUUGCCACAGUCCCGAUCGGACCACUUGUACUCUUGUCACGGCUUUGCGAAACGAACAUGAUUCUGCCUUUUUCCC